GUCAGUGUUGAGCUUUUUCUCAGCGCUGAAAUAUCGGAGAAGGAGUCUUUGUUAUUGUCUGGAGAAUAUUUGAGGCAAACCUUCGUCCUUUCAAAACGAAGCGUCCUCCCACUUUUUCUGGAAUCAACCAUUCACGCCCCCCUUUUACUCUUCUUCUUCCUUUUGCGUUUACUCAUCGUUGUUUUUGUUUCACUCUUAAAAGCAUGUUGCUUUAUCGGGUUUGUUGGUUCUUUUGAAUAGAGUGGUUUUGAGGAAAUUGGGUUUCUCUGUUUCGUCGUGAAAAAAAAAAAAUGUUAGCUUUGCUGUUUGCCUGAUCAUGGUUUCUGAUGGUUGGCUUUCAACGUCAUCUGAUGGUGUAUUGAUUUGAAGGGAGUGCGCAAUUGAUGGAUGAAUAUUCUGCUAAAAGAGCCACUGAUGGGGUGGUAGUCCCUAGAAAGGGGAUACGCCAUGCAUUUAGAGAUACUGCUAACGCCAGAGAUCAAAAUGGUCAGGUGUGCAGCCGCAUUACUUGUAGUAGCAGAGUCAAUACUCCUAAAGGUGCUCAAAUUGGUUCUUCUGAAAAAGGUAAAUCUUUGAAACCUUCAAUCCAAUCUUCUUCAGCUGGCAAGGAAGCAAUUGGAAGCUCCUCUAGAACAUUUUUCAAGACUAAUAGCCCAGGAAAACCGCUUAUAAAGCCACGGAAAUCACCAUCAUCUCAGUUAGAGACAGAUUCAUCUGAAAUUAGUAGUGUACAGGAUGAUUCAGAAGUUUCAAAACUCGCCCCUCCCCCUGAAAAAAGUCAGACAAAUGUUCAAGCUGAAUUGGAAAAUACAGUGUCUGGUAAUGCCAUGAUGGAAGUAGGAAGCUCUAGUGUAGUAUCCAAUACAAGAUCUCGGAGGAAUUUUCAUCCAAAGCCUGGAUUAAGGGGCCAAGAAAUUAAAAGCACUGGUCCAGUGACACGUGCUGGUACCAGUAGGUAUGGAUUGAGGAACCUCAAAUGCAACACUAUUUCUGAUGUCAUCCCUGCUGGUUGUUCACCUUCAGAUUCAACCCUUAACAGAAAGAAGGAUGUCAUAAAAAAGAGAAAUUGUGAAGGGGAAGGUAGUUCCACUGGUAGAGGGAAGAAAAUGAGCGGGUCUUCAUUAGAAGCACGAAAUUCUGGCUCCAGAAAUGGCAUAUCUAUCUCUGAUUCAAGAAUAUCUAGGAAUACUCCUCACAGGGACAGGUCAGACAGCAACAUGGCACCAGUUAGAACUCGAAAAUUGAUUAGUGGUCGUACCAGGGGAAGGCUUUCUAGCCAAGGAAAUGCCAAUCCCAUGCCACCUAAUGAGUCCCUUGUCAAGAUACCUGAUUUGCCCCGUUCUGGUGGUCUUAAUAUUCCUGGUGUAUCACGUCAUACUUCUGUAGAUAGUCCCUUAAGUUGUCCUAGCUCUCAUAGUAGACCAGUUACUGGCAGUGAGGAGUUAUAUGGUGUUAUGCCUGUAUCUCCUUCAGAGUAUGGCCUCACUCAUUCUCUAAUGAAUCUGGAUAGCUUUCGACGACGUUACAACAUGGAUAGUAUUGCAGAGGUAUUGGUGGCACUUGAUAGGAUUGAACAAGAUGUUGAGCUAACACAUGAGCAAAUUCGUUUACUGGAAUCCAACUUGUUCCUAACUGGACUAAACUUCUACGAUCCACAUAGAGACAUGCGAUUGGACAUUGAUAACAUGUCGUAUGAGCAACUGCUGGCUUUGGAAGAGAGGAUGGGUACUGUGAGCACAGCUCUAACAGAGGAAACACUAUCAGAAUGCCUAAAGAAAAGUUUCUACCAGUCCCCACCCUCUGAAAAUGCAGCUGAGAGUUGCAAUGAACAUAAGGAUGAUACCAAAUGCAGCAUUUGCCAGCAUUUGAUUGACAAUAUCACAAAAUUGGUAUUUGAUUCCAGCAGAGCUAAAUUAAAUCUUGGUCGGCAAAAGUCUCUGCCGCUUUCUGUAUAUUUCAUUGUAAAGAUGAGGAAUAUGUGGCUGCAGAUGAAGUGGGGAGUCUGCAAUGCGAGCAUGCGUAUCAUGUGGCUUGCAUACAGCAGUGGCUACAGCUAAAGAACUGGUGCCCUAUUUGCAAAGCAUCAGUGGCACCGUCAAAUUCAUCACCAUCCCAAUGAUCCCAUCAAUUUCAAUGUUAGGCCAGACGAGGGAGACUGAUUUCUUUGUACCCCUCUUGCUGUUCAUUUUAUUCUUCAUCACUUCUGUACAAAAUACAGUUGCUCCUCACUUAUUUUUAUUGGUCAUUUGUACAUAGCCAAUAUUUUCAUCCCCAUUAUAGAAUAAUCCAAGCCAUUGCUGGAACUUGUUAAUCUGCUGGUGCAAUGUUUUACAGCCUUCA